AUGGAAUCCUGCAACUACUAUGGUCUGCCCUCCGAGGACAUGCUGCAAGAGGGCUAUGCCAUACAAUGGGGAGCAGAGGGUCGCAAUGACCUCGGGCGCAUGAAGGCUUUGGGCGCCAACGCUGUUCGCCUGUAUCACUCGCUGGGGCUGGAAUCGGAGGGCAGCCACCAGGGAUUCCUGGAUCGCGCGAGCGAAUUGCAGCUGAAUGUGAUGCCAGGUUUCCACAGUACUGAGCCGAACCUCUGCGACGACUUCGACUGCUUCGAGUUCUGGAGGGAUGCGACUCUCAAAGGCUUCGAGCAAGGCUUCACUGCCGAUGGCCAGUGGCACCCGGCCGUGUCAGCCUUGAUCCUCCUGAAUGAGCCCGACUUCUUCGAACAUGACCCGCUCUGCAAGGGCAGAGGUGCUUUUUGCCGAGUGAAGGCGGCGAUCUCGGCCUUGGAUGGUGUUCUGGCUGCCGAGGACUUCGCUGGAGUUGCGCCCGGGCGGGUGCACCUUACAGUGACGUGGUCCUUCGCCAUGCGGACGUCUAUUGAUGACGUGGUGCAGGGUCCUGGCACUUUUGGGUUUCAGGAUAUGCUGGCUGUGGUGAAAGACCCGAGCUUGGUAGACUACACACCGCGGACGCCACUGAGUCGGAUACAGUCUGAGUUCGAGAAGAGGUGGGUGCACGGCUUGAACACCCAGUCGCCAUGGUCCUUUGUCAGCGAGUUCGUCUCCCAGCACUAUCAGAAAUACGACAACUUCGGCAACCUUCCCUGGUUCAUUGGCGAGUAUGGAGCAAAUGGCCAGGACGAGGACGUCAUCAUCUCGGACUUGACGUCGAUGGAGGAACGUGCAGUGGAUGACUCGCUCUUCUUGGGGGCAGCGGUGUUCCAGCCUCUUUUCAGCAAGCCCGGUUCCCAAUUCCUGAAAGCCCAAACUUAG